AUGGCCCUCGUAAGUAUGAAGCAGAACCAAGGAGAACCUUUGAAAGACUUUGUUUCACAUUUCAAUAUGGAGGCCUUGAGCAUUGGGAACUUUGAUCACAGUGUGGCUAUGGUGGCAUUCCAAAACGCCCUAAGGCUUGGCCCUUUUGCUCAGUCAUUGGCGAAAACGCCCCCGAUUACGUUCAUGGACAUCUUGGGUUGCGUUACGAAGCAUAUAAACGCCGAAGAAGUUAUGCAAGCCAAGAAAGCAGAACACGCAGAGAAGAAAGACAAAAAGAAGCACCCCAAGGAAAGGAAGAAUGAUGACCGGAAGGAAAAACAUCGUCAUCGGUGGGAUUCAGGUGGUUUUACCCCUUUAAAUGCCCCAAGAGCGGAGAUCCUGGCCACCAUCGAGGGUAAGGACUAUCUGAAGAAGCCUCGACCGAUGAAGGCACCGUCUGAUAAAAGGAAUCGGAAUAAAUACUAUCGUUUCCAUCGAGAUCAUGGCCACGAUACGAAGGAAUGUCACCAGUUAAAAGAGGAGAUCCAGGAGCUCAUCAACCGAGGUUUCUUAAGGAGUUAUGUGGCUAAGGAAGGCGAUUCUCGAAGAAGGAAGGACUGA